UUGACCAUUACCACUUCCGGCAUUUUAUUGGUCAACACGCACAAGCGCCAAAAUAUGUCCGCGACGGUCGUUUUUUAAUCUCGGUGAUUUAGCAGCGUCCUCCCGACGACAUGAAAGUGCUCCUGGCCUGUUUUGUGCUCGGGCUGUGCGCCGCCGGACGGCUGAAGGCGGCCCCCCCGGGAAGGGGAACCGACCGCGGGGACGCAGGAAGGUUCUGGCAUAUCACAGACCUUCAUUUGGAUCCGACCUACCACCUGGCGCCGGACCCCACCAAGGUGUGCUUCUCCUCCAAAGGCGAGCCCGCCAGCGGUGCCGGUCCGUUCGGGGACUUUCUGUGCGACUCGCCCUACAGCCUCAUCCAGUCGGCCUUCGCGCACAUGACUCGCCUGAUGCGACCGAACGACUUCAUCGUUUGGACCGGAGACAGCCCUCCCCACGUUCCGCCGACUGAGCUGUCGACGUCGAAGGUGAUCCAGGUGAUAAGAAACAUGACGCACAGCAUCCGACAACAUUUCCCAAACGUCACCGUCUUUCCCGCCGUGGGGAAUCAUGACUACUGGCCGCAGGAUCAGAUGCCGUCAUCCACCAACGACAUCUACAAGGCCGCCGCCCAACUGUGGAAACCUUGGCUGCAGGACGACGCCCUGAAAACUCUCUCACGAGGGGGGUUCUACACGCAGUUGGUUCACGCGGGCCUACGAGUGGUCAGCGUUAACAGCAUCCUGUACUACGGUCCCGACCUGGCCACCGCCAACGUGAGCGACCCCGCGGGGCAAUUCCAGUGGCUGGAGGACACCCUGAAGAAGGCAGACGUCAACAUGGAGAAGGUCUUGGUCAUCUCCCACAUCCCGCUGGGAUUCCUGCCCUUUGUUUUGAACGUGACCGCCGUCAGGAAAGAGCACAACGAGAGGCUGGUCGCCAUCUUUAGGCGCUACAGUCACGUGAUCGCUGGACACUUCUAUGGACACACACACAGAGACAGCUUCAUGGUGCUCCGAGACCACAACGGUAAACCUGUGAAUUCUCUGUUUGUGUCUCCGGCGGUAACGCCGAUUAAAGAUGUUACGGAACCAUACUCUAACAACCCGGCGGUGCGUUUGUAUUUGUACGACGCGCAAGACUUUGGCAUUUUGGACAUCCGGCAGUACUUCCUCAACCUGACCGAGGCCAACCUCAAGCGACGAGCCGACUGGAUGCUGGAGUACGUCAUGACGGACGCGUUCGGCCUGCCCGACCUGCGACCGGCCGGCCUGCUCCGGCUGGCUCUGCGCAUGUGGGCGGAGCCCGCCGGCGGCGGCGGCAGCCUUUUCGACACCUACUUUGCCCACUACACGGUCGGCUACGACGACAGGCCGCCUUGCCGGGACGACUGCAAGAUCUUUCAGCUGUGCUCCGUGCUCCACUUGGACCAGAAGUCCUAUUCGGCUUGCGCGGCGGCGCCACGACCUCGUUAGUAACCAUCUUUGAUGUUUGAUUUAUUUUCAUUUUAGCGCCGCCGUCGUAGCCGCGUCGCGUCAUCAGGAUGUCCGGUGAACAAAACUAAAAUACCUUCAUGCACUUUGCAAACAUUUUCAAAUAUGUUCAGUGUGGUGAGAUGAGCGAAUAUUAGCUCUUUGAAAUUUUGGUUAGACGCGUCCCAAAAAAGUCACAGAGAGUCUCGUUUUGGUUUGAAGGCGCCAUUUUUGGGCCCACGUUGGCCCUUUUUCAAAAGCCCCAUUCAAGACUGACUGCGUAGUUUGAAGCCAGAAUCACGUGGAAAACAAGCGCACCUUGAUUAUUUAUAUGAUUUCUGGAUGAUAGAAUGCGCAAUGGCUGCAAAUGCAAAGUUGGAUGAUUGCUGACUUUAAUAAUCUGACUAAACUCGCGGGAAAUCUUUUUAGCUAUGCUCUGGCUACGACAUCGUUGCUGAUUUUGAAUUCCAUCCAUCCAUCCAUCCGUUUUCUUUUUGCCACGUAUCCUCACGAGGGUCGCGGGGAGUGCCGGGGCCUACCCCAGCUGUCAUCGAGCAGGAGGCGGGGCACACCCUGAACCGGUCGCCGGCCAAUCGCAGGGCACAUUGAGACAAACAACCAAUCACACUCACAAUCACACCUAGGGGCAAUUUAGAGAUUCCAAUUAUUGUUGCAGGUUUUUGGGAUGUGGAAGGAAGUGCAAACCCACACAGACACGGCAAGAACAUGCAAACUCCACACAGGCGGGGCCGGGAUCGAACCCGGGUCCUCAGAACCGUGAGUCCAAC